AUGGCUUCUGAAAAAACACGGAAAGUACCGGAUGAAAAUAGGACAUUUCAUGAACGUUGGGAAGAUAGCUACUUUGUAAUCCAGAGUCAAGCAAAUGCAAGUGGGAAAUGCCAGAUUCAGAUAAUAUCUGUUCUCAAAGAGUACAAUAUCAAGUGGAACUACAAUUCACAGCAUAAACACUUUGAUAAGUUCGAAGGCAAAUUAAGAUUUGAUAAACUUUGUCAACUGAAAUCAUUUCUAUCACAACAGAAACAUGCUUUCAACAAAGGGCACAGAUCGUCAGAAGAUGUAAAAAAAAACGGCAACAUUGUCAGUCAAAUGAUUGCAAAGACAUCACACCCGUUUACUGAAGGUCAAUUAUUUCCUUUUGGGAAAACUUAG